UCGCGGCCCAAAGCAGCAAGCGUUGACAGCUCUCUCUCUCCCUCUCUCCCCAAUGUUCUGCUAGAGAGACGCAUAAGUAAUCGAUAGGCAAAACCAACAUGGCACCAUCGGAACCCAACGCCAUCCCCUUCCGCGCCAAGGGCGAGCUUCCGCACUUCGCCGAGGAGAAGGAAGGAUGGAGGGGCUACAUCGAGUGGGAAAAGUACCCCGAAAAGAAGCAGAGGGUAAAGGAGAUUAUGAAGGGCUACGACUUUCCUGACCCGCCGGAAUUCCAGCUCCAGCCGCUUCCCGACACGAACCCCGUCCUCACAGGCGAGCGGUUCAAGCAGUACCACUAUGCCUGCGGACUCGCGUCGAUCCCCAAUUACAGCUGGGCUGUGGUGAAGGAGGAGAAGUCGGAGGACAUGAUCCACGUGCUGCAGUUUCCCUACAACGGGGAGCCGCCGAGGGAUCGCCUGGUCAGCACCGAGAUCACCACUAAUAAAGAUCACUUUGUCCGCAACCACGGCGGCAUCCCCGACAUCGACGCCGACAGGUUCACGCUCGACAUCACGGGCCUGGUCAAGAACCCCAAGCAGCUCACGCUGGCGCAGCUCCAGGACGAGACCCUGUUCCCGCGGCAGAGCACGGUGGCGACGCUGCAGUGCUCGGGCACGCGGCGCAUAGAGCAGAUCCAGGAGUACCCGGGCGACGGCGACGAGCUGAUCAACGCGCCGUGGGGCGAGGGCGCCAUCGGCACGGCGCGCUGGACGGGCGUGUCGCUCAAGCGGGUCAUCAAGCACUGCGGCGGGCUCGUGGACGGGGCCGAGAACCUCGAGCUCUACGGCGCCGACACGUACUUCAAGAAGGGCCACGUGCAGAACUACCUCGUCAGCGUGCCCUGGCGCAAGGUCAAGGCCCACGAGGUCCUGCUCGCCUGGGAGAUGAACGGCGAGCCCCUGCCCAAGAUCCACGGCUACCCGCUGCGCGUCGUCGUGUUUGGCUACAUUGGAGCGCGCAGCUGCAAGUGGCUGUAUCAAGUCAAGGCCAUCAAGCGGCCCAGCCCUGCACCCGUGCAGAUGAAGGAGUACCUGUACUACACGUCCCAGAUCGGCAAGCAGAACGCCAAGUACAGCAACGGCUUCUCGAUCCAGGACAUGCCCGUGAGCUCGGCCAUCAUGAGCCCCAACAACAUGGACCAGAUCGUGCACGACGGCAAGAUCCGGCUGCGCGGCUGGGCGUACUCGGGCGGAGGCCACUGGCCGGUUCGGGUCGAGGUCUCGGGGGAUGGCGGCGCCAUCUGGUACGAGGUGCCGUACAGGAACAUGAGCACCAAGUACUUCCACGCCUGGCGCACGUGGGAGAUGGACCUCCCCGUCGACGCCGAGGGCUGGCUGGAGCUGGUGGUGCGGACGUGGGACAACGCCAUGAACACGCAGCCGACAUAUGUCAGGAGUGCAUGGAACUGGGACCUUCACGUCACGUCGUCGGCACACAGGAUCAAGGUGUACAGCAUCAACCGGUCCAAGCCGGCGACGGCGAAGCGGCUCAAGCAGCUCGAGGCUGCGGGCGUCCCCGUGGUGCCCAUCACCAAGCCUGUCCCGUUCGAUCUCGAGACGGACGAGGAGUAUGAGAAAUCGAUGGAGGAGCAGGGUUGGCGGGACCCUGUGGAGUAGGGGAGAUUUGAACUGUUUUUUUCUUUUUUUUUUCGCUGCUCCGCGGGCAAUUUGGCAGCCUUGGGUCGGGG